UCAAGAUAAAACAAAUUCUAACAAGAAACAAAAUAAUAAUGUCUGCCGAUAAAGAGAAAACAGCCAAAGGUGAUUUGGGUUUGUUGGAGGAAGAUGAUGAAUUUGAGGAGUUUCCAGCCGAAGAUUUCAAUGCCGUCAAUGAAGAUGAGGAUGAAGUCAAUGUUUGGGAAGACAACUGGGAUGAUGAUAAUGUCGAAGACGACUUCAGUGUACAGUUGAAGGCCCAUUUGGAAAAACAAGCCAUGGAAACGUAA